UCGUAAAGAAGUAGAAGCUUCUAGGUUUUUCUCUCAUUUCUUUUUUUUUUCUUCUUUUUCUGCCUCUCGAGCGAUUUUCUCUCCUCCGUCGUCCCCGAUCCUUACCUCUGCACCACCACCACCGUCGCCAUCAGCCCUCCUUUGAUCACGAUCGGAUGUGGCUGAAUGACAAGGUUAGUGAAUAUGCUGAGCACAACAAUGCAAUCUUGCUGGUUGUUGUCCCUGCUGCUCAAGCACCUGAAGUUGCCUCAUGCCGAGCUCUCAGAGUUGCCAAGGAAUUUGACGGAGAUGGUACGAGAACCAUUGGUGUAAUCAGCAAAAUAGAUCAAGCUGCUUCGGACCAGAAAGCUCUUGCUGCAGUUCAGGCUCUUCUGUUAAAUCAGGGGCCAUCAAGGGCUUCGGAUAUGCUCUGGGUUGCAUUAAUCGGUCAGUUAGUUUCAAUAGCUUCAGCACAGUCUGGAUCUGUUGGUUCUGAGAAUUCUUUAGAAACAACAUGGAGGGCUGAGAGUGAAAGUCUCAAGUCCAUCCUGACUGGAGCUCCUCAAAGUAAGCUAGGCAGAAUAGCAUUGGUGGAUGCUUUAGCUCAGCAAAUUCGCAGUCGUAGGAAAGUCCGCCUUCCUAACCUCCUAUCUAGGUUACAGGGUAAGUCCCAAAUAGUCCAGGAUGAGUUAGUUAGGCUUGGUGAGCAGAAUGGUGCAAAGUGCCGAGGGCACCAGAGCAAUAGCUUUAGAACUUUGCCGUGAAUUUGAGGAUAAGUUUCUUCAACACAUUACGAGUGGUGAGGGUUCUGGUUGGAAAAUUGUUG